AUGCGCCACCUGCUGCUCCUUCUAUCAGUCCUGCCACAGGCAGUGCCUGCUCGGCAGCUCGCUCCUCGCAUCAUUGCUGGCACCACCGUGGAGCUGCAGGCUGCACCCUGGCAGGCAUCGAUCGUGAUCCAAAACGCGCCACUCUGCAGCGGUGCCAUCGUCCAGGAGAACUUCGUACUGACCAGCGGCUGGUGUGUCCACAGGGUCGCCAUCUCCCAGCUGAAGGUGCGCGUGGGCAGCAGCACCCGCUGCACGGGGGGAUCCUUGAUCCACGUCUGUGGUGUACACAUUCAUCCGCACUACAAUCUGUUCCGCUACGACAACGAUUUGGCACUGCUGCAGCUGUGUGAGAAUGUCACCGUAGUGGAGAACAAGGUGCAAGUAAUCCCCUUGGCCACGGAGACUCCCAGCGACAGUGCUGAGGCAAUCGUCUCGGGCUGGGGUUACACCUCGUCGAGCAGCUGGAGCAUUCUGUGGAGAAGAGUGCACUCGAUUCUUACUCUUCUAAGACUCUACUGGAUCGAUUGGCUGACAACCGGAUCGCAGCAGUUGCAGCAGGCCCACGUGAAGAUCCUCAACGUGCAGCAAUGUGCCAGGGAUGUGUCGAUCUUUGGGCAGUUCCAACCCAUCCAAGGCAUCUCCGAGCGCACACUCUGCACCACUGGCGGGACUGCUGGCGCCUGCUACUUUGACCAGGGCGCACCUCUGGUGGCAAAUGGCAGCCUGGUUGGCAUUCUUGGCAAAGGUGGCUGUGCCGGCCAGCCCGAUGUCUAUGCGAAUCUGGCGGAGCACAGGAGCUGGCUGCAGGAGAACACCAAAUAGUGGGUGUGGUGGCUGGAGCUGGAAUAAAUUGACAUUAGCGAGGCUCCACUUACCAAAUGGGUUUCCCAUGUGUUGGGUUUUUGUCGACUGCAACCACAAUCCUGGGGCGGCACUCAGCACACACACAGGACACAGGACGCAGGCCACUGGGACGAGUCAGUUCAUGCAAAUUUGUCUCCUGCACCGCUGGACAGUUGCAUUAUUCAUUGUGGUUGCAGCAAAGAGACAAAAAGAAUGCACAAAAAAUAAUGUUAAAGGGAUAUGCGAAGUGGAAAGUACCCUGUGAAGUUGAUGCUCACCUAAAAGAUAAUCCAGAAUCCAAAACUCCAGCCAGAAAUCUAAGGGAAAGACAGACUCCAAGGAAGCCUUUGCAUACCCUCUUUCCCUCCUAAAAUACCCUACUUAAAAUCCCAAUCAAAUUGCCUGUAGCCAUGUACUUAAGUUAAUUAAAGUUUAUUUUUAGUG